AGGCUCCUUAACAGCUUCUACCCCCAAGCCAUAAGACUGCUGAACAACUAAUCAAAUGGCCACCCCGACCAUUUACAUUGACCCCGCCAUAUCACGUUACCCCUACCUACAUGUACAAAUUACCUCGACUAACAUGUAUCCCUGCACAUUGACUCAGUACCGGUACUCCCUGUAUAUAGCCUCGUUAUUGUUAUGUAAUUUUCUUGUUAUUUUUCAAUGUUUUUUUUUUUUCACUAGUUCAUUUAGUAAAUAUUUUAUUAACUCUUUCUUGAACUGCAUUGUUGGUUAGGUGCUUGUAAGUAAGCAUUUCACGGUAAGGUCUACUACACCUGUUGUAUUCUGAGCAUGUGACAGCCUGUCUUCAAAUCAAAUGUUAUGUGCACUGCUCUUGUACUUUAACUAUUUGCACAUCAUUACAACACUGUUUGUAGACAUAAUAUGACAUGUGAAAUGUCUUUAUUAUUUUGAAACUUUUGUGAGUGUGUUUACUGUUACUUUUUUGUUUAUUUCACAUUUGUUUAUCUAUUUCACUUUCUUUGGCAACUUAAACAUGUUUCCCAUGCCAAUAAAGCCCCUCGAAUUGAAAUUGACAGAUUUUUCGCCGAGUUAGACCUCUCUUUCCUCUUCCUCUCUGACGCAGGGCAAGCAAGCGAUGACUGAGCGAGGAUAAUGGUUAGUGCUAUAUGGGAUCCUCAAUACGUCCACACCCUAAAUCAUAACCCUAACUUUAUCUUAAAGGUAGACUCAGCGAUAUGACAUAGAAGCCGAAAGUGAACAGCAUAGUGGGUUAAUUUCCGCAAAAACUAAGGGCGUUGAAGCGUGGGGCUAACUGCUCCGCUGUUUUGGAUCCCUGGCAACAACGCUGUACACAGCGUGAAGCAUCCCUUGCACAUGCGCAGAUACUGUCCGUGUUCGAGAGCAUCAACACCGUUAUGUAUCAUUGGUAAAUUGUGACUGACUGAUCUACAAAUAAUAAUGAGUUAUUUAUGAUGCAAUGUGAUUUGUAGGUCAGUCAGUUGCCUGCAGUCGUUUUGACUAUCUCGAACGCAGUCAAUAUCUGCGGUGCUGCUCGUGGCAACGUCAUAUCGUUGAGUCUACCGUUUACCGGACGUCCCAGUGAUCCCGUUUAGACUCUUCUAGGGAAGGAUAGAGAGUGGGAAAGAGGAAAGAGUGCUUGGGGAUGGCGGACAAAUCUCUCACGGUGUUCGUGAAGCUGUUCGCCGCGGUAUUUUACGGACUCAGUUCUUUUCUCAUCGUCGUGGUAAACAAGAGCAUCCUCACAAACUAUAGAUUCCCCUCGUCAAUAUGUGUCGGCAUCGGGCAGAUGCUGGCCACCGUGGUCGUGCUGUGGGUGGGCAAGGCUCUGAGGGUGCUGAGUUUCCCAGACUUCGACCAUAGUAUACCUCGCAAGACCUUCCCACUCCCUUUCUUGUACGUAGGGAACCAGAUAACUGGACUGUUUGGGACAAAACGGCUAAAGAAGACAUUCUCCAGGCCUGUCCAGCUAACUGUGUUUACUAUGAUCCUGGGGGCGUUUGUAGCGGCAAGUGCUGACCUGUCUUUCGACCUCCAAGGCUAUGUGUUUAUUCUGCUAAAUGAUGUUCUGACUGCAGCUAAUGGAGCCUACGUCAAGCAGAAGCUAGACUCCAAGGAGCUGGGGAAGUAUGGCUUGCUGUAUUAUAAUGCGUUGUUUAUGAUCUUUCCAACAAUGCUGCUAGCUCAACUCACUGGAGACGUUCAGAGGGCGGUGGAAUAUGAUGGCUGGUCAGACAUCCUGUUUCUCAGCCAGUUCAUCCUAUCCUGUAUAAUGGGGUUUGUGCUGAUGUAUUCUACAGUGCUCUGUACACAAUACAACUCAGCUCUAACCACCACCAUCGUGGGCUGUAUCAAGAAUAUUCUAGUGACAUACAUCGGGAUGGUGUUUGGUGGAGACUACAUUUUCUCUUGGACAAAUUUCAUUGGUUUAAAUAUCAGUAUUGCAGGUAGCCUGGUGUACUCCUACAUUACUCUGACAGAGGAACAGUCCAGUAAACCCUCUGAGAACGCCAUGGAGAUCAAGGGGAAAGUGGUGGUAUGACAUCAUGGUGACAUCGGUAUGCCAGCGGAAAAGUCACUGGAGAUCCUUUUUCAAAUGUUAAUGGUACAAGAGAACAUUCUAUUUUUGGUACAUGUUGUAUUUAUGGACUUAAAAGCUGUGGUUACCAUAGCAACCAACUGGACACCCCACCAUGGCAACAGGCUCCUCCCACUGGACACGUGGAUUAGGAGGGCGUGGCUGGGGCAACAUGAUUUUAAAGGGUGCUUUUACUUAACUUCCUCAUGUUUAGUCAUUAGACGAUUACAUCAUGGAGAGCACGGUCUUCCCGUUUUUGGUGAAAUGGGUUCAUGGGGAUUGAAUUCUCUCCUGAUGUCAGAACCCAGCGGAAUGUGUGGAAUGUUCCCUCAAACAGGAAUGGUCCAAUGGAAUCUGAGGCAGUAUUAUGUGGGUGCUGGUAUGUGCAAAAGAUGUUGUCCAUCAUACAGUUGAAGUCGGAAGUUUACAUACAUACACCUUAGCCAAAUACAUUUAAACUCGGUUUUUCACAAUUCCUGACAGUUAAUCCUAGUAAAAAUCCCCUAUCUUGGGUCAAUUAGGAUAACCACUUUGUCAGAAUAAUAGUAGAGAAUCACAUUCCCAUGUGCGUCAGAAGUUUAAAUACAUUCAAUUAGUAUUUGGUAGCAUUACCUUUAAAUUGUUUAACUUUGGUCAAACAUUUCUGGUAGCCUUCCGCAAGCUUCCCACAAUAAGUUGGGUGAAUUUUGGCCCAUUCCUCCUGACAGAGCUGGUGUAACUGAGUCAGGUUUGUAGGCCUCCUUGCUCGCACACGCUUUUUCAGUUCUGCCCACAAAUUUUCUAUAGGAUUGAGGUCAGGGCUUUGUGAUGGUCUUAAGCCAUUUUGCCACAACUUUGGAAGUAUGCUUGGGGUCAUUCAACCCAUUUGCGACCAAGCUUUAACUUCCUUGAGAUGUUUCUUCAAUAUAUCCACAUAAUUUUCCUGCCUCAUGAAGCCAUCUAUUUUGUGAAGUGCACCAGUCCCUCCUGCAGCAAAGCACCCCCACAACAUGAUGCUGCCACCCCCGUGCUUCAUGGUUGGGAUGGUGUUCUUCGGCUUGCAAGCCUCCCCCUUUUCCUCCAAACAUAACGAUGGUCAUUAUGGCCAAACAGUUCUAUUUUUGUUUCCUCCAGCAUCUUCACAGGGUCAUUUGCUUUUUGUUCUGGGAUUGAUUUCCACUUUUUGCUCCAAAGUACGUUAAUCUCUAGGAGACAGAACACGUCUUCUUCCCGAGUGGUAUGACAUCUGCGUGGUCCCAUGGUGUUUAUAUGUGCAUACUAUUGUUUGUACAGAUGAACGUGGUACCUUCAGGCUUUUGGAAAUUGCUCCCAAGGAUGAACCAGACUUGUGGAGGUCGACAAUUUAUUUUCUGAGGUCUUGGCUGAUUUCUUUUGAUUUUCCCAUGAUGUCAAGCAAAGAGGCACUGAGUUUGAAGGUGGGCCUUGAAAUACAUCCACAGGUACACCUCCAAUUGACUCAAAUGAUGGCUUUAGAAUGAACGUGGUACCUUCAGGCAUUUGGAAAUUGCUCCCAAGGAUGAACCAGGCUUGUGGAGGUCGACGAUUUCUUUUGAUUUUCCCAAGCAAAGAGGCACUGAGUUUGAAGGUAGGCCUUGCACAGGUCCGCUUCUGAUAGGCUAAUUGACAUGACAUCAUUUUCCAGUUUAAAGGCAGUCCUUCUAUACACUUCUGACCCACUGGAAUUGUGAUACAGUGAGUUAAGUGAAAUAAUCUGUAAACAAUUGUUGUAAAAAUUACUUGUCAUCCACAAAGUAGAUGUCCUAACCGACUUGCCAAAACUAUAGUUUGUUAACAGGAAAUUUGUGGAGCGGUUGAAAUACAAGUUUUAAUGACUCCAACCUAAGUGUAUUUUAAACUUCUGAUUUCAACUGUAUCUGAAAGGAAAGACUGUUUAUAUUGUCAUUCUCCAGUAUUUCUGAAUGUCUGCUCUGGGUUUUUUUAUAAAGGGUUUGUACGUGUGACUGGGUCUCUGUAGAGGCAACUUGUGAUAAUUAUGUUAAGUUUAUGAUUGUCAAAUCUUUUCAUUUGCUUUUAAAAACAAUAUUAUUGCACUUUUACCAGCUGUUGGUUUAGCUAGCCAAUGUUGGGAGAAGGUGAACUAUAUAUGCCUUACUGUGACACGCCAUGUCCAGGGUUAACUUACCCUAAAGGCUUUCACAUGUUGCGCUGAAUGUGGAUAUAGUGUUGGUGUGCCGAUCAUCCUCUGUAGAUGUCUGACUCGUGCUUCUACAUUGAAAAUCGGUACACAAAUUACGUUCAGAGGUGCUAAAUACUCUGCCACCAAACUCUAUAGGUGUCUGAGCCCUAAAGACCAGAGGUUAACUCCACCCUCCAUGUUUUCCUUAGAUUUGAAGCAUACAAAGACAUUUAAAGGUAGACUCAGCUAAAUGUUGCCACGAGCAGCACCACAGAUAUUGAGAUGCAAGACUUGGCUCACACAGUAUGUGCGCGGGUUUGUUUCGUAACUCAAAUUGAAAUCUUCCGCUGCUCUAUGUUCGCUACAUACGUUAGUCUGAGACUGCCCUCAUUUGUGAUGACGUCAAAAUGAAGGGUGUUGUACAAAACAAAGUCAUCAGAGAUUGGAUCGUCUUUAACCGGGUAUCGAAGCCAAUAACACAUUUUCUAAACGCCGCUUUAUCCACGUGUGUUCUUGCUCUGGGCACAACACCUGUCUCUGGGACCAAUCAAAACGGUUAGGAUGUUUCCUUUCUAGAAAUCGUCGGGAUCCAGGCUCCUCCGUUGGCGUGGCAUUUGGCCGGCGCAAGAAGUUUGGCUAGCCAGGGCACCAAAACAGCACAGAAGUUGAGUCUGACCCACUGUGCUGUUUAGUUUCUGCAUGUACGACGUAUCGAUGAGUCUACCUAGCGCAAGCGUCACUUGCUCGUCUCAUUGAUUAGUGGGUCUGUUUUAACUGUAGCUGGCAGGCAACAGACAAUACCUUGCUCUUGUUAAAGCUUUUAGUUGUUUCAUAGUUUGGCUGUCAGAGGUUAACUUCUCCCCUAAGGGUUAAGGAUGGGACUAACUUAACCCUGAAGGCUGUUUAAUACUUAGAAACGUCAGGGUCCUUUUACAUUGCCAUUACCCAACAACAGUCAAGUUGUCAGGUAUGGCAAUAUUCGCCAUUUUAAAAUAGCAUUUUUGAUAUACCAAUGUCUGCACUCCCCAAGGUUUUAGCUGGUUGUACUUACUGUUUGUUACUGAUCUGUGCAGUAAGUUAUGUUGAUCACCAAACAUGUCAAACUAUCUUCAAAAUCAGAACAAUGAUUUUUAACAUUAAAAAUACCUCAUCUACAACCCUUCAAGUAUUUCA